AUGGAUGUCACUAAGUGGAGAGAUAAUGAUUUUUCAUCAUUAAAGAAAUCUCUGGAUCCAUUUAUACCGUAUAUCCGAUUUCAUGAGAUAUCCUGUGAAGAAUUUUAUUAUCACGUUAGGCCCUAUAAAAAAGCGAUACCGGUAAAUAUUUAUGAAGAUUUAGUGGCUUAUCUCAUGGCUAAUAUAAUUCCUAAAGUUUCGAAGCUGCCUUCACGUUGUGGAUUUAUUAGUAUUGAUUCUGUUAUAAUCGAAAGAGACAAAGCUGCUGUCAUUAUCAAUUGGAUCGAAAAAAGAACCACUUUUGCUAGAAAGCCUUUUUACCAAUUUACACUUACCUAUCGAGCAACGCGCGAUGGGUUUGAUUACAAUAAAUUUAUUGCGAGUAAUUGUAGUAAUGAAAUUCUUGGGUUAAUUAAGAUUAAGGAUUCAAAGAAAAUAAUUGAUGGAAAAGGUUCCAAUACACCUAUACUUAGUCGAGUGAAAAAUCCCUCGUAUGCAACCUAUAGUUAUGGCGGAUCUUGGAUGAACUUUGGAAAUGCUGAUCUAGUAUUAAAUGGUCAAAACGGGUCUUGCUCACAAAGUUACUAUGAGAAUAAUAUUUUCGAUUUUAAUAACUUUAUUGUCGAAGAAUUAGAAACUUUUAUUGUGCAAAAAAAUUAG